AGAUUUUUGGUCUUUCGGUUUGACUCUGCAUUUCGCUGUUAGCCUUUUCUGGAAUUUUCAAAUUUCGUCUCUCUACAGUACAUAUAUGAAUUGACUAGCACUAAAGCAUGAGACUUUUAUUGUUUUGGUAGCCAAAGUUGAAGUCUUUCUUACGGCUUUCCUUUUUCUUUUUUUCCGUUACGGAAACAGAGAGUGUGUGUGUGUGAUGGGUACUCGUGGGGAUGAAGAAGAUGAUGAUCGCUUCUUUGAUGCCUCUGAAGACUCCAACGACUUUGGUUUACAUCUCUGGACCAAUACUCCGGAUAGUGUUUCCAGUCGACGGCGUAAGUUUUUACAAUCUAUGGGCUUUAGUUUCAAAAAGACUGCAACAGAUGAUGAUGAUUCUGAGGAUGAGCUUGAACCAUCCCGUUCUGAUUCUAACGUUGUGUCUCAAGUUGGUAACCUCUCUUCUGGUGUGGAUUUGUUGGUGAGGAAUGAAUCCACUGCGUCCUCUGGAUUUGAUAUAUCCUCUGUUUCAUCAUCUGCUGAGGAUACAGAUGAUCAGACCUUGUUGUCCAGGAAUCAUUCUAGUAGUAGCACUUGUACUUUGCCUGAAGGAUUGAGUGAAUCCAGUUCUAGUAAAUCGGGUAGCUUUGGCGAUUUUCACAACUCUCCAUUGAGUCAAAGAGAUGAUUUGCUCAAGAAAGGGGCUAAAUCUUGGUUAAAGAAGCUUGGUGUUUUGACACAUGUUUUUGAGUCUAUGGACUGUGAAUCAGUGAGAUCACCGUUGCAUCAAGUUGCGCGAGUGCAGACACAUAAAAAGCACUUCAAGGAGCUUUCAUCUAUGUGUAUUGACCAAGAAUUUUCAGCGCAUGAUGGCUCCAUCUUAGCCAUGAAGUUUUCUCUUGAUGGGAAAUACAUUGCAAGCGCUGGUGAAGAUGGUGUUGUUCGAGUUUGGAGUAUAACCGAGGAAGAGAGAACAGACAAGUACGAAGUAGCUGAGGUUGAUUCUGGUGUUUACUUUGGGAUGAAUCAACAUUCUCAGAUUGAGCCCCUGAAGCUAAACAAUGAGAAAUCCGAAAAGAAGACAAGUUUUUUGAGGAAGUCAUCGGACUCAACUUGUGUAGUGUUACCUCCUACCAUCUUCAGUAUAUUGGAGAAGCCUCUGCAUGAGUUCAGAGGACAUAUAGGUGAGAUCUUGGAUCUUUCCUGGUCGGAGAAAGGGUAUCUCUUGUCAUCUUCUGUCGACGAGACUGUUCGUUUAUGGAGAGUAGGUUGUGAUGAAUGUCUCAGAACGUUCACUCAUAACAAUUUCGUGACUUGUGUGGCAUUUAACCCUGUGGACGAUAAUUAUUUUAUAAGUGGAUCGAUUGAUGGGAAAGUUCGAAUAUGGGAUGUGACUCGUUGCCGGGUUGUUGACUACAUAGACAUAAGAGACAUUGUAACAGCUGUGUGCUAUCGUCCAGAUGCAAAGGGUGCAGUAAUAGGUUCUAUGAAAGGGAACUGCCGCUUCUACCAUAUAUUUGAUAAUGAGCUGCAAAUGGACCAAGAGAUCAACGUUCAUGGGAAGAAGAAGGUUACAAGCAAAAGGAUAAGUGGUCUUCAAUUUCUUCCCAGUGACACUGACUCGUACAAAGUAAUGGUUACUUCUGCCGAUUCACAGAUACGCAUCAUAUGCGGAGAUGAUGUCAUCUGCAAGCUUAAAGCUUCUAGCCUUCGCACAACUUCUGCUUCAUUUAUUUCAAACGGUAAACACAUCAUCUCAACAUCAGAGGAUUCAUACAUUAAUGUCUGGAGCUACUCUCAAUUACCCAGCAAGAAGCUGUAUUCAGAAACACCGAAAAGCAUCCGGUCUUACGAGGGCUUUCUCUCGCACAAUGUAUCUGUGGCUAUUCCUUGGCUCAGACAAGGAAGUAGGGAUGGUCUGUCCGAGUGUAUCACAGAUUUGGACAGGAGGAUACCGAAAGUGGACUGUUUCUCUCCAAUGAAAGGAUCAACAACGUGGCCUGAGGAGAAGCUGGACGAUGUUGUAAUGAGCAACCGAGAGAAGCUUAAGCUUUUGAGGAGUGCAUGGCAGCCUCACCUGUGGGGGCUUGUGAUUGUGACAGCGACUUGGGAUGGAAGGAUCAGAGUAUUCCACAACUAUGGUUUGCCUGUUCGGGUCUAAAAGGCAUAGACAAGCUAUGAGAUAGGAUUCUUUUAUUUGUUACUAGGAGUAAUAUACUGUAUGUAUACAC